CAGCCGAGCAGGCAAGCAAGCUACAGGCCUGCAGCAGUCAGCACGCAAGCGGCAACCAACCGGCAAGCCAGCAGGCAGACAGAGCCAGACAGCCAGUGAGUCUGCAACGGAGCAACCGGCGACUAGAAGCAACAGCUGGAUAAGAAUUACAAAAUGUCAAAAAGGACAUUAUUCAACUAUUUUUCAAGUGGUAGCAGUAAUACUCCAGAAAAUGAUGAUAACGCUAGACAACAGAAAAUGACAAGGGUAGAGUUUCGGUGCUCAGAUAUUAUUUGCGAUCCAGGAAAGCGAAAGCCAAUAGAUGAAUAUCCAUUUGCAAUUAGAGAUCAAGUGAAGAGGGCAUAUGUUUUGAGGGGUCCAACUCAAUUAGCUAAUUAUACAUUUCCGCGCAAAUGGCAAAGUGGUGAAUGGAGAUCCUUCCAGGCACACUGGUUUGAGAGUUAUGAUUGGUUAGAGUAUAGUGAAUUAAAGGAUGCUGCAUUUUGCUUGUACUGCUAUCUUUUCUUUGAACCCGGUAAGCCUGAAAAAUUUGGGAGCAAUAUUUUUGCAAAGGUCGGUUAUGAGAAAUGGAAGAAGGCUCUGGAAAGGUUUAAUAAGCAUGCUGAUUCCAUCUCUCACAAGAAUGCUAGAGAGAAAUGUGAUGACUUCAUGAAUCAAAAGAAAAGUGUGAUUCGAAAAAUUUAUAAGUAUGAUAAAGAGGAACAAGAACGAUAUGAGAUUCGUUUAUCAUCUUCUUUGGAUGUUGCAAGAUUUCUAAUAAUGCAAGGUGAGGCUUUCCGUGGACAUUAUGAGUCUUCGUCUUCUCUUAACAAGGGUACAUACUUCGAGCUUCUUGAUUGGUACAAAGGCAAAGUUGAGGUAGUGAAGGAAGCAUAUGAUAAAGGCCAUAAAAAUUGCCUGAUGGUAUCUCAUCAUAUACAGAAGGACCUAACAAAAGCAUGUGCAGAAGAAGUUAUGACAAUGAUUAUGGAUGAGAUCCAUGGUAGAAAAUUCUCUGUGCUUAUUGAUGAGUCUCGAGAUGUAUCUAUAAAGGAGCAAAUGGCUAUGAUUUUGAGAUUUGUGAGUGAUGAAGGAAAGGUUCUAGAGAGGUUUGUUGGACUUCAACAUAUUGAGAGAUGCACAGUUGCUGCUUUGAAAGAAGCUAUAGUUGGUAUGCUUUCUAGCCACAAGUUAAGCAUCUCUAUGCUUCGUGGGCAGGGUUAUGAUGGAGCUUCCAACAUGAGAGGGGAAUUUAAUGGUGUGCAAAAAUUGAUUCGGGAUGAAAAUCCUUAUGCUUUCUAUGUUCAUUGUUUUGCCCAUCAAUUGCAAUUAGUGGUUGUCACAGUUUCAACUUCUACUCCAGCCAUUGCAGAUUUCUUUAACUAUGUUCCUUUAAUAGUCAACACUGUGGGUGCAUCUUGUAUGAGAAAGGACACCUUACUUGCAAAACAUCAUGAUACCCUAUUGCAAAAGGUUGAGAACGGCGAGAUUCUCACUGGAAGAGGAUUAAACCAAGAGUGUAGCCUAGCUAGGCCUGGAGAUACUAGAUGGGGUUCUCAUCUUAAAACUUUGCUUCGGAUUUUGGUGAUGUGGGAGGCUAUCAUAGAUGUCCUUGAGAUAGUAAAGAAAGAUUCCAUUAAACCAACAAGUAAUGGCGGGGCUUUUGGUCUAAUUGGUAAAAUGGAGAGCUUUGAUUUUGUGUUUAUCAUGCAUUUGAUGAUAGAAUUGUUGAGCAUGACAGAUAUUUUGUCACGUCACUUGCAAAGGAAGGAUCAAGACAUUGUUGAAGCAAUGCAUUUGAUCUUGGGUGUGAAAGAUAGUUUGCAGGAUAUGAGAGACAAUGGGUGGGAGCCAUUAUUCAAGAAGGUAAAAACAUUCUGUGAGAAGAAUGAGAUUGAAGUGCCAGAUAUGGAUAAGGAAAUAAAUGCUAGAGGAACAUCUGCACGUAGAAGGCAAAAGGUAACAAACAUGCAUUUCUACCAUGUUGAGGUUUUUCUUGCUGCCGUUGAUGCCAUUUUGUCAGAGAUGAAUCACCGAUUUGGUGAAGUUAGUUCAGAGCUAUUAGGAUGCAUGGCUUCCCUUAGCCCAAAGAACUCCUUCUCUAAUUUUGAUGUGGAUAAGCUUGUAAGACUUGCUGAAAUUUAUGCUGAAGAUUUCGAUAUUGGUCACAUUGCUUUGUUGCCAAGUCAACUUAGAGGCUUCAUUGGACGUGUUAGAAGAAGCCAAGAAUUUCUUGGAUGUACAGAACUUCCACAAUGUGCUGAAAUUAUGGUCAGGAAAGGAAUGCACCGAUCUUAUCCAUUGGUUUAUCGUCUUAUUGAGCUCACAUUGAUACUUCCGGUGGCAACAGCUUCAGUUGAGAGGGUCUUUUCAGCCAUGUCUAUUAUAAAGACAGAUUUGCGCAACAAAAUGGGUGAUGAAUGGCUAAAUGACUUGAUGAUAUGCUACACAGAGAAGGAGAUAUUUAGGAGCAUUAGUAAUGAGAAAAUUAUGAAACGGUUUGAAGAGAUGAAAGAACGUCGUAUGUUAAUUCCUCAAAAGAUAGUGGUAUGCUUUAUUACCAUCAGUUUUUUUUAUCCUUGAAGUUAAUAUUUGCACUGUCACUAAUUUAUUUUUUAUUAUUCAUAGAUCACUCCUGCAGAAGAAUGAUGUAUGUUGUAAUGGGACGGUCACAUGUCAUUAUCAUCUACUUCGCUUGGUACGGACAAAUUCAAACCGUAACUUUUAUUCUUCUUUGAUGUAAUUUGAGUUACUCAUCUAUGUUUCAAUAUAAAAUUGCUUUAAAAUGCAUCGUUGGUGUAAUGGUUUGUGUCGGAUAUAUGAACUUUUGUAGUUUUGUUAGUCUAGUCUAGCGUGCUUAGAUAUUCAGCCCCCCCUAAAUAUUUUUCCUGGAUCCG